AUGGACAAAACCAUUAUUCAUGUGUUAUGAAAAAAAAUUGUUUCAUCUUCUUAAAUAAAUUGUUUAAUUUGUAAACUUAUUUUAAUUUAAACAUAAUUUUAUUUUAAUUUUAUAUUUUGUUUGGUUUCUGUAUUAAUAUGAAUUUUAUUGAUCGUUGUGUUUCACUGCUUAAAGAGCUGAGUAGCUCAAAGAAAGAUUUUUUACCUGUUUAUAAUAAUGAAAUUGUCUCUGAAUGUAUUACUACUAUGAAGCGACUGUUCGAGGAGAACCAGAAGGAAGCUUUGGAUACAUCUACAGAUUCGGCAUCUUCUCAAGAUGGCUUUAUUGUUGUGAAAAUUCGUCAUUCCAUAUUAUUAUUCAUCAAAAGAUGUUUGAUUGCCUACCACCAUGAAAGGUUGAACCGAUUGAAAAAACUGAGAUGGGAAUUUGGAUCUGAGUUACCUACCGAAGUAUCUUGUAAUUUAACCCCCAAGGAGAUUGAAUGGUUUGCUAAAUAUUGUUCAAAUUUGAGUGAUUACAUGGGCAGAUUGAAUGAAGGUCGAGGAUUUGAUUUGACACUCAAUCGAACGGCUCCAAAGAGGAUUUUUAUCCAAGUUAGAUGUCUACAAGAUCAUGGUGACCAUGAGCUCGAGGAUGGUACAACAGUUUGUCUCCAAAAAGAUAAUCUUUAUUAUUUACCUUUUUCCCAAUGUGAAAAGCUAAUACAUCAAGGAAUUAUUGAACAAGUUUCGGAUUAAUUGACAAACUGAAAUUUACUGUGUAAAUUGGAUACUGUGAUCCAUUGUUUACUUUUCUUUACUAAUUAAUAAUACUGCUACUAAUGAUAUUCU